UUCCGGGUUACGUGAGUGUAGAAGCAAUGACAUUGUACCAUGCAUUAAACAAGUCAGCGGUGUGGAAUUGGUAACACCUUUAUGACCCGCAUGAUUUAAAGACUUAGUAAGCACUGACAUUGCGGUCAAUAUGUCGUCCAACAAUACAAGUUUCUCGGAGGAAGGGCAGCGCAGAGCAGCACAGGCGCCUAUGGGCAUGGACUACAUCCCCACAGAAGAAGAGAAGAGGGUGUUGAAGGAGUGUAACAAGGAGAGCUUAAUUUAUAGAUCGAUGCCCCUCUCUGUGAUCAGCAUGGCUGUCACCCAAGCCCUUGUUGCCAGAGGGACUCUGUCUGCUUCUCCAAGGUUUGGAUCUCUACCUAAAGUGGCCUUUGCGGGUUUCUGUGGCUACCUGGCUGGGAAACUGUCAUACAUGAGGACAUGCCAGGAAAAGUUCAAGAGGCUAGAGAACUCCCCUCUGGGAGAAAUCCUCAGACAGAAAGCAGGAAUGCCUCCACAUCAUCCAAAUGCUGCCCAGUCAGAGUUUAGUGAGCCAAACGCCCAGUCGUUUGACCCCAUGUUCCAGCCUGCAGAAGACUCCAGCACCACGUCCAGCAACAACAGAGAUUAUGGAUACAGCUAUAAUCCUGAGCCAACUGCUCAAAUGAGCAGGGCAGAUGACUUUAGCGCUCCAGUCCAGUCAUAUGAUGAAGAAGAGCCAAAGAGGAAGAGCAUCCUUUAUGAGGAUCUGAGGCUCAAGAACAGGGAGAACUACGAGGUCACGCUCAUUCAGAAGGCUGACACACUGCUCAAAACGCCACCACAGAGAGAGCUGGAAAGACCUAAGAAAGAAGUGAAGAAGAACAUCUACGGAGACGCAUGGGAAGAAUAACUGUCUGAACUGAAGAAGUGAUACGUCCUCUGGUGUCACUGAUGAUGUGGAACACGGGAGUCACAGUAACCACGUUUUAUGUAGUUGUACGAGAUUCUGAUUAAUAAUGUUGUUGGAAAUGUGAAUUAAACCAGUUUGAUGAUUGAAAUCUCAUUGACACUAA